AUGGCGUCAUCAGAUGAUAAGAAAAAAGACACUGGCAGUGCCAAUCCUCGUCACCGAUCGCAUAGAGGUUGUUGGACGUGCAAGCGAAAACGCGUUCAGUGCGACGAGGCUCGACCCCGUUGUCAGAAAUGUAUUAUCCGUGGAAUCGUAUGCGAAGGCUAUGAGAUUAGACUGCGUUGGGUUGCUGGCAUUGCUUCCAGGGGCCGGUACAAUGGAGCAGAGAAGCCGGUGAAAGAGUUUAUUCCACCCCCUCCGAAACGACGACGGCGUGUUCGCGGCAAGAGAGAGAAAAAAGAGGAAGGCGAUCGUCAGGGCCAGCCGGAUCUUGUCGCAUCUAGCUUCAGCCCUGAUCAAAGUCCAAGUCAGUCGGUUAGCCCUCGGGCGACGGUGAAUAUAUUAAAUGAGGCGUACGGGCAAGACCCCAAAGACACUAUCGGCAUUACGAAAUAUUUCGAGCUACCUGCUUCAGCACAGGAGAGAUUUGAACGAGAUAAUUCGGCUUUAUUCGGUGGAAAUCAACAGCUGGCCACGGUCCAAUACACCGAGCCCGCCUUGUCUGGGGCCCACCAGUAA